AUGGUGGCGAAAUUUCUCAAGAAAAAUAUCUUCACCCGGUAUGGAACGCCCCGUGCCUUAAUCAGCGAUGAAGGCUCAUAUUUCAUCAACCGCAUCAUCACCAAUCUGUUGAACAAAUUUAAUGUCAGCCAUACAGUUGCAACCGUAUAUCACCCACAAACCAAUGGGCAGAAAUUUCUAACAGAGAGAUCAAGACUAUCUUGGGGAAGAAAAGCUUGUCAUCUACCUCUCGAGUUGGAACACAAAGCUAUAUGGGCAAGCAAAAAACUAAACUUCGAUCUGUCAAGCACGGGGGAAGUCCAGAAGUUGCAAUUGAACGAGUUGGUCGAGUGGCGAAUGAAUGCCUAUGAAAAUGCCAAGCUUUAUAAGGAGCGAACCAAGAAGUGGCAUGACGAUCGCGUAAGCAACCGGACGUUCUUCGAGGGUCAACAGGUACUUCUAUUUAACGCGUGUUUGCGAUUGUUUCCAGGGAAUUUGUAG